AACUAUGCUCAUCAGUUGGAAAGCGAUCGUGAAACUGUUAAAUACAAAACGAGUACGAUUCUGAGACUGAGAUACUUUUGUGUAGUCAGCGAAAAACGAAACGCUGCUGGGGAAAAAGAUAUUUAUUAGCGUGUCGAGUGUGGAAAAUUGUUUUUAUUUACGAUAUUUUAAAUAAAAAUAAAAAAAUAUAAAAAUUUGAUAAUUGAAUAAAACACAAGAAAUAUAAUAAAAAGUGCUUUAAAGAAAAAAUUGUAAAAUUUAAGUUUGGAAAAGUUUUGUUAAGUGGAAUUGCUGAGUGAAUAAUAUUCAAAAAUGCAUAGCACACUCUUGGAGGAGCUCAUGGAAAAUGGCUUUGUUGUCAUUGAAGACUUUCUAACAUCUGAAGAGACUGAAGAAUUAUACAAAGCUGGACGAACAUUAUGUAUGGAAGCACCAAAAAGUGACAGAAUUAUUUUUAGUACCGUCAAUAGUGAGAAGCAACAAUCGAAGGAGAGUUAUUUCUUAGAGUCGGGCAAUAAAGUUCGUUAUUUCUUCGAAGAAGGUGCUAUCGGGGAGAAUGGAGAACUCCUGGUGGAUCCAAUGUGUGCUUUAAAUAAGGUCGGACAUGCUCUCCACGUUGAAAAUGAUACUUUCAAGAAAAUUACCUUCAGCAAUCGGAUAAAAGAAAUAUGCUGGCAAUUGAACUAUAGAAAACCUGCAGUAUGUCAAAGCAUGUACAUUUACAAGCAUCCUGGUAUUGGAGGCGAAGUUAUUGCCCAUCAAGAUGCUUGGUUUUUGCAUACUGAACCCAGUACGGCCAUUGGAUUUUGGUUUGCCUUGGAAGAUACAACACUCCAAAAUGGCUGUUUGCAAUUCAUCAAAGGAUCACAUAAAAGUGGUGUUCAUAGAAGAUUCAUGAGGAAUCCCGAUGUAACAGAUCAAGAAUUUUUAUUAUACGAUAGACCAGCACCAAUAUACCCAACAUCGAAUUUCAUCCCUGUUACAGUUAAAAAAGGAACCUGCAUAAUUAUUCAUGGUCAAGUUGUUCAUAAAAGUGAUCAUAAUCGAUCAACCAAGAGCCGUCAUGCCUACACCUUCCAUGUUAUUGAGACUGAUAAUACAAUAUAUUCCGAAGCCAAUUGGCUGCAGCCUCCAAAGGAUGAACCUUUUCCUUUACUGUACGAACGAAAGGAUUAAAUUUAACAACUGAUGCUGAUGUCAUGAAGAUUGAAGAAGUCUAGCUUACAUUGCCUUUUUAUUUAAGUAAAUUCGUAUUAAUAAAAAAUGUAAGAAGACAUUUCAUAACUGUUGAAUGUAUUAUAAAA